AUGCUGCGGGGCGGCCGGAGCCCACUGCCGCCGGCGGCGGGGACCCCCGGCGAGGUGCGGGGACCGGCGGGUGCCCCCGGCGCGGCGCAGGUGGCGGCGGGCAGCCUGCUGGCGCUGCUCAUCCUCUGGACGCUCUUUGGGAACGUGCUGGUGUGCGCGGCCAUCGUCCGCUACCGGCACCUGCGGAGCAAGGUCACCAACAUCUUCAUCGUGUCCCUGGCCGUCUCGGACCUGCUGGUGGCCCUGCUGGUCAUGCCCUGGAAGGCGGUGGCAGAGGUAGCCGGGUACUGGCCCUUUGGGGCUUUCUGCAACGUCUGGGUGGCCUUUGAUAUCAUGUGCUCCACGGCCUCCAUCCUCAACCUGUGCGUGAUCAGUGUGGACAGGUACUGGGCUAUCUCCAGCCCUUUCCGCUACGAGAGGAAGAUGACCCAGCGGCUGGCUCUGGUGAUGAUCAGCGUGGCAUGGGCUCUGUCUGUGCUCAUCUCCUUCAUCCCUGUCCAGCUCAACUGGCACAAAGGUGGGGAUGUUGUUGCUGCUGAUGAUAUUGGAGAUGGAUUUGACACUGCCUGGGCAGCAGCAGGUGCUGUCACCACCUGGGCGGAAGAUAUGAGUACCACAUGGGUGGCAUUAGCAGCAGUGGGACCCUCUGAUGGGACCUCUGGCAGCAAUGAUACCCUCACCGGACCAUCGGAGAGUUGUGACUCCAGCCUCAACAGGACUUAUGCCAUUUCCUCCUCCCUGAUCAGUUUUUAUAUCCCGGUGGCUAUCAUGAUAGUUACCUACACUCGAAUCUACCGCAUUGCCCAGGUGCAGAUUCGUCGUAUCUCUUCCUUGGAGAGGGCAGCCGAGCAUGCACAGAGCUGCCGCAGCAGCCACAUGGACUGCCACCAUCACACAAGCCUCAAGUCCUCCAUCAGGAARGAAACCAAGGUGUUGAAGACGCUCUCUGUCAUCAUGGGUGUCUUUGUCUGCUGCUGGUUGCCUUUUUUCAUCCUGAACUGCAUGGUUCCCUUCUGCGAGAGCCCACCCAGCGACCCCCAYGCUGGCCUCCCCUGCGUCAGUGAGACCACCUUUAAUAUUUUUGUCUGGUUUGGUUGGGCCAACUCUUCUCUUAACCCCAUCAUCUAUGCCUUCAAUGCUGACUUUAGAAAGGUUUUCUCCAACCUCCUGGGAUGUGGUCACUUUUGCUCUGGUACUCCAGUGGAGACUGUUAACAUAAGCAAUGAGCUUAUCUCUUACAACCAGGACACCCUUUACCAUAAGGAGAUAGUGACUGCUUAUGUUAACAUGAUCCCAAAUGUGGUUGACUGUGAGGAAAAUCGCGAGGACCCUUUUGAUAGGAUGUCCCAGAUCUCCCCUGACCAUGAGGUUGCCACUGACUCUGCCUGUGAACUGGACUGUGAGGGGGAGAUUUCGCUAGGCAAGAUAACACCUUUCACUCCAAAUGGCUUACAUUGAAUUGCAUCCUGGUCUGGUCAGAUCUUCUUGGAUUAUAAAAGAAAAUAUUAGCACUGAGUGGAGAAACCUGCUUGAUGAUGUGCUGUAGUUUGGYCAGUCACUUCAUGCUAAAUUCACUUCUGUGGGCAGUACUUUGCAGAAUGGAGACACUGUCAAAMAGAGGGCACAACUUAAAUCAGCACUUCCCCAGGCUGAGGGAGGACCAGGCAGUCGUGUUGAUUAGCUGUGGUGAGGUAUUGUGGUAUAAUUGCAGUCAGUUCAUGUUAAUAACGUGUUUGCGAAUGAAAGGUGCCAUUGUCACUGCUAAGUAUUAUGACUUCUAAAAUCAGGGACAGAUGUGGCUGGCAUAGACAUUAAAUAAAAAUUCUGGGCUGUUUGUUUGUCUGUUAUGUUUUUUUUUUCUCUGUUUUUUUCUUUUUUUUUGUUUGGUUUUUUUUGUGGUUUGUUUAUUUUAUUUUGAUUUUUAUUUUUUUAAGAUCAAGAUAGUGAGGUGGUGAUUUGGAUGAUUAUUUAAAUGCGUGUUCCUGCCAAAACAGUUUAUGUGAAAUCCUUGUUCUCCUAGGCGGCGUUGUUGCCUGUGAUAUCCUCUGUUCUGAAUAAAUAAAAUUAUAUUGAUCAAGGGUUUAUCAUCUUUCAUUUGUCACCCUGAAAGGUUUACAACUAGUAUUCAAACUAACAUGUCURUAUGAAUGAUUAGAAUGACUAACAGCUAAACCUUACCAUAUUAAAAGCAAAUAGUCUGUAUAGAAAAUACAGUUUUUGAAUAAAAGCAAGGCUCAUAGGAAUUCUUGACUUAGAUGAACUUGUUUAUAUGGCUCUUACAGUUAGAUUUAUAYCUGUUUUUCU